GGCUCUCUCCACACUCACGCGUCUGGAGAACACAGGGGUGGGCCCCUGAUAUCUGGCCACCCCUGAGGCUCUGACAGUCGUGACUUUAAGUCAGGUGGCAAGAGCCUGCUAAAUUCACUGGAGGCAGCUGCGGCCAGAGCCUGCCCACCAGGCCCUUGCUCAGUCCGGGGGUGUCCUGCUGAAGGGUGAGAGGAGAAGCCAUGCCAGGCGGCGGCCCCAACGAGAGGAUGACGUGGCCCGGCCCGGCCCUCCCCACGGCCUCCCCAACGCGCCCUCUCUCCUCAGCCCCGGGGACACCAACCAUCCCGCCCCUCACCCGGACCCGCAGCCUCAUGGCCAUGUCCCUGCCGGGCAGUAGACGGGCCUCUGCUGGAUCCCGCAGUGGGGGCCCUUUGGGCCGCAGUGGCCUGGCGGUGUUUGCCCAGUGUCCGCAGCUGCCCACCAACCAGAACGAGCCCCUGCCCCUUCUCCCUGCCUCCAGGCGCACCUCUCCCCCCGUGAGCAUGCGGGAUGCCUACGGCACCUCUUCUCUCAGCAGCAGCAGCAACUCGGGCUCCUGCAAGGGCAGUGACAGCAGCCCCACCCCCAGGCGCUCCAUGAAGUACACACUGUGCAGUGACAACCAUGGCAUCAAGCCCCCAACUCCUGAGCAGUACCUGACCCCACUGCAGCAGAAGGAGGUGUGCAUCCGUCACUUGAAGGCCCGGCUGAAGGACACACAGGACCGGCUCCAGGACCGGGACACAGAGAUCGAUGACCUGAAGACGCAGCUGUCACGCAUGCAGGAGGACUGGAUUGAGGAGGAGUGCCACCGCGUGGAGGCCCAGCUGGCCUUGAAAGAGGCCCGCAAGGAGAUCAAGCAGCUUAAGCAGGUCAUCGACACCGUCAAGAACAACCUGAUUGACAAGGACAAGGGGCUGCAGAAGUACUUUGUGGACAUCAACAUUCAGAACAAGAAGCUGGAGACGCUGCUGCACAGCAUGGAGGUGGCCCAGAACGGCACAGCCAAGGAGGACGGCGCCGGGGAGUCGGCUGGCGGGUCCCCCGCCCGCUCCCUCACUCGCAGCUCCACCUACACCAAGCUGAGUGACCCAGCUGUCUGCGGUGACCACCCCCCUGGCGACCACCCCGGUGCCUCUGCUGAGGACAGGGCUGACAGUGGCUUUGCGGCCACCGACGACACACUGAGCCGGACGGAUGCCCUGGAGGCCAGCAGCCUGCUGUCUUCGGGGGUGGACUGUGGCCCCGAGGAGGCUUCACUGCAUGGCUCCUUCAGCCUGGGCCCCCGCUUCCCUGCCAGCACCACCUAUGAGAAGCUGCUGUGUGGCAUGGAGGCUGGCGUGCAGGCCAGCUGCAUGCGGGAGCGUGCCAUCCAGACAGACUCUGUGCAGUACCAGCCUGACCUGGACACAAUCCUGGAGAAAGUGACCAAGGCCCAGGUCUGCGGGACAGUCCUCGAGUCAGGGGACAGGCAUCCAGAGCUGGAUCCCCACCCCCCAGGGCCCAGAGACCCCAACUCAGCAGUGGUGGUGACGGUGGGUGAUGAGCUUGAGGCACCGGAGCCCAUUGUCCGAGGGCCGACCCCACUCCAGCCUGCGGCCACCCCCAACCCCAGCCUGUCGGUGAGUGUGGCAUGCCCGGGGGAAGAGGAGGAGGAGGCAGCCGUGGCCGAGAAGGAGCCCAAGAGUUACUGGAGCCGCCACUACAUCGUGGAUCUGCUGGCCGUGGUGGUGCCAGCCGUGCCCACGGUGGCCUGGCUGUGCCGCUCGCAGCGGCGCCAGGGCCAGCCCAUUUACAACAUCAGCUCCCUGCUGCGGGGCUGCUGCACUGUGGCCUUGCACUCCAUCCGCAGGAUCAGCUGCCGCUCGCUGAGCCAGCAGGGCCCGAGCGAGGCCGGUGGCAGCGCCCAGCUCUGAGGGGCCCUGCCUGGCCUGCGGCUCUGGCAGCCUGACCACUGAUUGUAGGGGUGCCAUUCUCUCUCUUGCACAUUCCCGUGGGGCAUCAUCUUAUUUAUUUAGUUUUGGGUUUGGAAGUGGUUUUUUCAGGAUAUUAACAGUGUCUGGGGGCUGGAAGUAGGAGCUGGGGGAAGGUAUCCCAAAACAUCUGCAGGAGAGAAGGGAAGAGAGAACAAGGGGUGAGGAGGCGUGCUGCCUGGAUAGACCAGAGAGAGCGCAGUGAGGCCCCACAACUCAGCCCUGUCCACCUGCCCCUCACAAGGGGCAGCCCCUACUCAGGAAGUCCCUGCGUGCUGGUCUGGGGAGCCGCCCCGCCCACCCCCCACAGCCUGCCCAGUCCCUUGCUCGCUGCCUGCUUUCUCUCCCAAGCUACCCCUUGCCCUCAGCCCCGGCUUCUGAGCCAGUAUUAGCUCCUCAGACGGAGCUAAUCCCUGCUGCUUAGACUUGUAGCCCAAAGUACAAACACCUGGCCCAGGGCCCUGUGCCAGGCUGGGACCGCCGACCUGGGCUGGAGCUCUUCGGGCUGCUGCCUGCUUUGGGAAUCAGAAGCACAGUCAAGGCCACGGGCUGUGGGAGAGACAGUGAUGGGCAAGAGGCGGCAGAGGGCAGUGUGGGUUCCAUGUCUGCUCAUCCCAGAUCUUCUCUGUGAUCCAUUUUUCUCCUGGCACUUCUGGGCCUGUCAGGUCCUUCUUCCUGGGAGACCCGAGCCAGGCAGGCUUGGUGCUGGGGGACGCAGUACGUGCCUGGGCCCUAGCACCUGUCUGGAGACUGCCAGCACAAGAAGAGGAGGCAGGGGCUGGCAGCUCAAGGGGGGUCCUGCAGCCUUCUGAGAUGAGGCCCUGCAGUCUGGGAGCCAGGGAUGGACUCAGCAAUCCUCAGCUGGCUUGAAAAGCCAGAGGCCAUGGCUGCCCCUAGAGCCUGACCCAAGCUUCUCUGGGGCGAGUCUCAGGCCCAACUUCCACUUUGCACUAUGUUCACUUUGGGGCUUGGUUCUCGUGCAUCCCAGGAUCUCUAGUGAGAUAGAUGGCUGCUUGACUUUAGAGUGAGAAUUCCUAAAUCUUAGACCUAUCUGCCCCUGGCAGAGAAUUCCAGCAGGAAGAAUGGCAAGAUGAAUGUGAAGCCAUGACGUUCAAUCAGGCCAAAACAGGGUGCCCUGGGAGGUUUCCUAGGCAGGGGUGGGUGGGGCAGGAUGGGUAGGAGCCCUGCAGCCUCCCUGCUCCAGCCUGAGCCCAGUACACUUGGAAGAUUCCCUGCCUCCCUCCUUGCCUGGGACCACGUCCAGAGCCCCCCACAAAGCUGCUGACAUUUCAUUAGCAUUAUUAAUUUACAAAGUAAACCCACUUCCACCUUCCCCUGCAGAACUUGCACCCAUUUGGUCAUUCCACCCUCUUCAGGGGUUAGGCCCCACAUUUGGGGAGCACUGGUGGGACCCUGUGUCUUACCCUUCUGGCCUAGGGGGCCGGGGAGCACUCGAUUCUCUGCCAAGGUUGCUUGCCCAUCCCUACUGCUCUGACAGCCAUUGCCUGACUCGUGGGCUCUGCCCUUCCUCUCUGUGCCCUCCACUCAGGGGAGCACCUGCAUGCACUUGAGUGGGUGACCAGUCCCGCUACUGGGGCAAGAGCCCCCUCUGCCACACGCUUUGUGCCUCCAAAGCUCCCCCCACCUUGGUUGGGGCCUCACACCAGCCAUCUUUUGUGGAGCAACCCCCGCCUCAGUCAAACCAAACCUGAUCUCCUGGGGCCUGGCUGGGGCUGCCCCACAGGACACUGGGGUCAUGACAUGGAGGGGCAGUGGACAAGCCCAGUCCAAAGCCAAGCCAGGAGUGGCCAGGACCCAGCCUUCUGUGCCAUGUACUCAUGGAGCCGCGUAGUGUCUCUUUAGAAAUAGUCGAAGCUUUGCCACGAAAAUAAAUGUACAACUAUAUUUGACAACAUAAAAUCGAUAUAUUUUUCACCAUUGGAAUUUAGGUGAGCUGCAUAGCCCCACUGCUCCUGUGUCCUGCUCUCUGUGGCCUUCCUAGUGUGUCUUGUGUUUUGGUGGAUGUGGUCAGGGUUGGGGCCCUAGUCCACACUGUCCCUGGUACUGAAGAAGCCACUUAUGAAGGGCUGGCCUGGGCUUCGA